AUGACCAUACCAAAUCAGCCAAUUACCCCAGACGGUGGCUGUGUCAAAUUUGACCUGAUGCCUUCAACGACCACGCCAAACCUCGUCCGCUUCACAGGACAUAACUACUUCCGACAACGGAUUACGCUAUCCAUACUAAGUGGAAAAGCCGUACGAAUCGAUGGUAUUCGACCAGACGAUCAAAAUCCUGGGCUGCGAGGUGAGUUAUCUGGAGCAAACAGCGGAUUGAGUUACCAACGGGAGUAUCAUAGAGAUAUCGUAUACAGGUACCUCGGUUACUUUCUCGAACCGCUAGUUGCGAUCGGACCGUUCUCCAAAAAGCCUCUGAGCUUGACGCUCAAGGGCAUAACAUCGGAUGAGAAGGAUUUAUCUGCGGAUAUAAUACGCACAGUCACUCUUCCGCACCUCACUCUCUUCGGCAUCUCGGAUGGUGUAGAGCUCAAGAUUAAGAAGCGAGGUGCAGCUCCACUUGGUGGGGGAGAAAUCGAAUUCAUUUGCCCAGUAGUCAAGCAACUCAAGACGCUCAACUUUGUUGAUCCCGGAAAAAUAAUCAGAAUUCGAGGGAUAGCACAUGCAGUUCGGGUGAGCUCGGAUAAAUGCCCACGAAUGAUCGAUUCAUGCAGAGAAGUUCUCAACCGGUAUAUAAAUGACAUAUAUCUCGUUGCGGAUGUGUACAGAAAGGACGAUAGUGGAAGCUUUGGAAUGUCCUUGCUCGCAACGUCCACAACUGGCGCACUCCACUGCUCUGAGGUUAUAGGCGGGGCUGGGGCAUUACCGAAUGAUAUCGGACACGCGGCAUCCAGAUCACUUCUUUCUGAAAUCCGACGAGGAGGAUGUGUAGAUCGGCACCACCAGUGGAUGUAG